GGAUCAAGUACCUGCCUGAGAGCCGCCUCGGAAGACCCUGUAGAGCCAGCAGCGGGGCUAGGCCCGUGGCCAGGCCACAGCCAGGAAGCCACCCCACCCAUCCAUCGGCCAUGGGCCCACAGAGGCCUGCCCUGCGGGCGCCGCUUCGGCUGCUGUUCCUGCUGCUGUUCUUAGACACCAGCGUCUGGGCUCAAGAUGAAGUUCCGGAAAACCUCAGCUUGAACUGUCCAAAAGAUGCAACUCGAUUCAAGCACCUCCGAAAGUACGUGUACAACUAUGAAGCUGAAAGUUCCAGCGGUGUCCGGGGCACUGCUGACUCCAGAAGUGCCACCAAGAUCAACUGUAAGGUGGAACUGGAGGUUCCCCAAAUCUGCAGUUUCAUCAUGAGGACCAGCCAGUGUACCCUUAAAGAGGUGUAUGGCUUCAACCCUGAGGGCAAGGCCUUGAUGAAGAAAACCAAGAACUCUGAAGAGUUUGCAACUGCCAUGUCCAGGUACGAGCUCAAGCUGGCCAUUCCUGAAGGGAAACAAAUUGUUCUUUACCCCGACAAGGAUGAACCUAAAUAUAUCCUGAACAUCAAAAGGGGCAUCAUCUCUGCUCUUCUGGUUCCCCCAGAGACAGAAGAGGACAAACAAGUGUUGUUCCUGGAUACUGUGUAUGGCAACUGCUCAACUCAGGUUACAGUGAAUUCAAGAAAGGGAACCGUGGCAACGGAAAUGUCCACAGAGAGAAACCUGCAGCAGUGUGAUGGCUUCCAGCCCAUCAGCACGAGUGUCAGCCCUCUGGCCCUCAUCAAAGGCCUGGUCCGCCCCUUGUCGACUCUUAUCCGCAGCAGCCAAUCUUGCCAGUAUACCCUGGAUCCCAAGAGGAAGCAUGUGUCUGAAGCCGUCUGCAAUGAGCAGCAUCUUUUCCUGCCUUUCUCCUACAAGAAUAAAUACGGGAUCAUGACACAUGUUACACAGAAACUGAGUCUUGAAGACACACCUAAGAUCAACAGUCGCUUCUUCAGUGAAGGUACCAACUGGGUGGGUCUGGCUUUUGAGAGUACCAAGCCCACAUCACCCCCAAAGCAGUCUGAUGCUGUUUUAAAGACCCUUCAAGAACUGAAAAAAUUGUCCAUCUCAGAGCAGAAUGCUCAGAGAGCAAAUCUCUUCAAUAAACUGGUUACUGAACUGAGAGGCCUCCGAGGUGAGGCACUCACGUCCCUCUUGCCACAGCUGAUCGAAGUGUCCAGCCCCAUCACUUUACAAGCCUUGGUUCAGUGUGGACAACCUCAGUGCUAUACUCACAUCCUCCAGUGGCUGAAAACUGAGAAGGCUCACCCCUUCCUGGUUGACAUUGUUACCUACCUUAUGGCUUUGAUCCCAAAUCCCUCAACGGAGAGGCUGCAGGAGAUCUUUAACACUGCCAAGGAGCUGAAGAGCCGAGCUACCCUGUAUGCACUGAGCCACGUAGUUAACAGCUAUUUUGAUGUGGACCGUUCAAGGAGCCCAGUUCUGCAGGAGAUUGCUGGUUACCUGUUGAAACAGAUUGACAAUGAAUGCAUGGGGGAUGAAGAUCACACCUUCUUGAUUCUGAGGGUCAUUGGAAAUAUGGGCAGCACCAUGGAACAAGUAAUGCCAGACCUCAAGUCUUCAGUCCUGAACUGUGUGAGAAGUACAAAACCAUCUCUGCUCAUUCAAAAAGCUGCUAUCCAGGCCCUGAGGAAGAUGGAGCUUGGAGAUGAGGCCCGAACAAUCCUUUUUGACACAUUUGUGAAUGGUAUCGCUCCAGUGGAGAAAAGACUGGCUGCCUACCUCUUGCUGAUGAGGGGUCCUUCCUCAUCAGAUAUUAACAAAAUUGCCCAACUUCUCCAAUGGGAACAGAGUGAACAGGUGAAGAGUUUUGUGGCAUCUCACAUUGCCAACAUCUUGAACUCAGAAGAACUGUAUGUCCAAGAUCUGAAAAAUUUGAUCAAAAAUGCUCUGGAGAAUUCUCAACUUCCAACGAUCAUGGACUUCAGAAAAUUUUCCCGCAACUAUCAAAUUUCCAAAUCUGCUUCUUUCCCGUUGCUUGACCCAGUAUCAGUCAAAAUAGAAGGGAAUCUUGUAUUUGAUCCAAACAGUUAUCUUCCCAAAGAAAGCAUGCUGAAAACAACCCUCACAGUCUUUGGACUUGAUUCACUUGAUCUCUUUGAGAUUGGUUUAGAAGGAAAGGGCUUUGAGCCAACACUGGAAGCUCUUUUUGGUAAGCAAGGAUUCUUCCCAGACAGUGUCAACAAGGCUUUGUAUUGGGUCAAUGGUCGUGUUCCAGAUCAGGUCUCCAAGGUCUUGGUGGACCACUUUGGCUAUACUAAAGAUGACAAGCAUGAACAGGACAUGGUGAAUGGAAUCAUGCCCAUUGUGGACAAGUUGAUCAAAGAUCUGAAAUCUAAAGAAAUUCCUGAAGCCAGGGCCUAUCUCCGAAUCCUAGGAAAAGAGCUUGGCUUUGUCAGGCUCCAAGACCUCCAAGUCCUGGGAAAGCUGCUGCUGAAUGGUGCACAAACUUUUCAGGGAGUCCCCCAGAUGGUUUUACAGGCCAUCAGAGAUGGGUCAAAGAAUGACUUGUUUCUCCACUACAUCUUCAUGGAGAAUGCCUUUGAGCUCCCCACUGGAGUAGGGUUACAGCUGCAAGUGUCCUCAUCUGGAGUCCUCACCCCUGGGAUCAAGGCUGGUGUGAGACUGGAAUUAGCCAACAUUCAGGCAGAGCUAGUGGCAAAACCCUCUGUGUCCUUGGAGUUUGUGACAAAUAUGGGCAUCAUCAUCCCGGACUUCGCUAAGAGCGGUGUCCAGAUGAAUACCAACUUCUUCCACGAGUCAGGCCUGGAGGCUCGAGUGGCCCUGAAAGCUGGGCAGCUGAAGGUCAUCAUUCCUUCUCCAAAGAGGCCAGUCAAGCUGUUCAGUGGCAGCAACACACUGCAUCUGGUCUCGACCACCAAAACGGAAGUGAUCCCACCUCUGAUUGAGAACAGGCAGUCAUGGUUGACUUGCAAGCCUUUCUUCACUGGCAUGAACUACUGCACCACAGGGGCUUACUCCAAUGCCAGCUCCACAGAAUCUGCCUCUUACUACCCUCUGACAGGGGACACAAGGUAUGAGCUGGAGCUGAGGCCCACAGGAGAGGUGGAGCAGUAUUCUGCCAGUGCAACCUAUGAACUUCUAAAAGAGGAUAAGUCUUUGGUUGACACACUGAAGUUUCUAGUACAAGCAGAAGGAGUACAGCAGUCUGAAGCUACUGCAAUGUUCAAAUAUAAUCGACAAAGCAGGACCUUAUCUAGUGAAGUCCUAAUUCCAGGGUUUGAUGUCAACUUUGGGACAAUCCUAAGAAUUAAUGAUGAAUCUGCUAAGGACAAAAACACUUACAAAGUCAUCCUGGACAUUCAGAACAAGAAAAUCACCGAGGUCUCUCUCGUGGGCCACCUGAGUUAUGACAAAAAGGGUGAUGGCAAGAUCAAAGGCAUUGUUUCCAUACCACGUUUGCAAGCAGAAGCCAGGAGUGAGGUCCACACUCACUGGUCCCCCACCAAACUGCUCUUCCAAAUGGACUCAUCUGCUACAGCUUAUGGCUCAACAAUUUCCAAGAGAGUGGCAUGGCGUUAUGAUAAUGAGAAAAUUGAAUUCGAUUGGAAUACAGGAACCAAUGUGAAUACCAAAAAGGUGGCCUCCAAUUUCCCCGUGGAUCUUUCCCGUUAUCCUAGAACGUUGCAUGAGUACGCUAAUAAUCUCCUGGAUCACAGAGUCCCUCAAACAGAUGUGACUUUCCGGCACGUGGGUUCCAAAUUAAUUGUUGCAACAAACACAUGGCUUCAGAUGGCAACCAGGGGUCUUCCUUACCCCCAAACUCUACAAGAUCACCUCAAUGGCCUCUCAGAGUUGAACCUCCAGAAACUGGGAUUUCCUGACUUCCAUAUCCCAGACAACCUCUUCUUAAAGACUGAUGGCCGAGUCAAAUACACACUGAACAAGAACAAAAUAAAGAUUAGCAUCCCUUUGCCUUUGGGUGGCAAGUCUUCAAAAGACCUCAAGAUGCCAGAGAGUGUAAGGAUACCAGCCCUCAACUUCAAGCCUGUAGGAUUUCAUCUGCCAUCUCGAGAGUUCCAGGUCCCCACUUUUACAAUCCCCAAGACACACCAGCUGCAAGUGCCUCUCUUGGGUGUUCUAGAUCUUUCCACAAAUGUCUACAGCAACUUGUACAACUGGUCAGCCUCCUACACUGGUGGCAAUACCAGCAGAGACCACUUCAGCCUUCAGGCUCAAUACCGCAUGAAGGCUGACUCCGUAGUUGACCUGUUUUCCUACAGUGUGCAAGGAUCUGGAGAAACAACAUAUGACAGCAAAAGCACAUUCACAUUAUCAUGUGACGGAUCUCUACACCAUAAAUUUCUAGAUUCAAAAUUCAAAGUCAGCCAUGUAGAAAAAUUUGGAAACAACCCCGUCUCAAAAGGUUUACUAACGUUUGAAACAUCUAGUACCUUGGGACCACAGAUGUCUGCAACUGUUCACCUGAACUCAAAAAAGAAACAACAUCUGUAUGUCAAAGACAUCAAGGUUGAGGGACAAUUCAGAGCAUCUUCAUUUUAUGCUCAAGGCGAAUAUGGCCUGUCUUAUGAGAGAGAUGCUACAAAUGGCCAGAUGAGUGGUGAAUCCAACACAAAAUUUAAGUCCACCUACUUCCAGGGCACCAACCAGAUUGUGGGAAUGUACCAGGAUGGAACCCUCUCCAUCACCUCCACCUCUGACCUACAAGACGGCAUAUUCAAGAACACAGCUUCCCUGAAAUAUGAAAACUAUGAGCUGACUCUGAAAUCUGACAGCAGUGGGCAGUAUGAGAACUUUGCUACUUCCAAUAAGCUGGACAUGACCUUCUCUAAGCAAAGCGCAUUGCUGCGUUCUGAACACCAGGCUAAUUACAAGUCCCUGAGGCUUGCCACCCUUCUUUCAGGAUCUCUCACUUCCCAGGGUCUAGAAUUAAAUGUUGACAUCUUGGGCACUGACAAAAUUAAUACUGGUGCUCACAAGGCAACGCUAACAAUUGCACGAGAUGGACUAUCUACCAGUGCAACUACCAACUUGAAGUACAGUCCCCUGCUGCUGGAGAAUGAGUUGAACGCGGAGCUUGGGCUCUCUGGGGCAUCCAUGAAAUUAUCAACAAAUGGCCGCUUCAAAGAACACCACGCAAAAUUCAGUCUUGAUGGGAGAGCUGCCCUCACGGAGGUGUCAUUGGGAAGCAUUUACCAGGCCAUGAUUCUGGGUACAGACAGCAAAAAUAUCUUCAACUUCAAACUCAGCCGAGAAGGGCUGAAGCUGUCCAAUGAGAUGAUGGGCUCCUUUGCUGAAAUGAAACUCGACCACAUACAUAGUCUGAACAUUGUCGGUCUCUCACUGGACUUCUCCUCAAAAAUGGACAAUAUUUACAGUGGAGACAAGUUUUAUAAGCAGAAUUUUAACUUACAGCUACAGCCCUAUUCUUUUGUAACUACUUUAAGCAAUGACCUGAGAUAUGAUGCUCUAGAUUUGACCAACAGUGGAAGGUUACGGCUGGAACCACUGAAACUGAAUGUGGGUGGCAACUUUAAAGGAACAUAUCAAAAUAAUGAACUGAAACACAUCUAUACCAUCUCUUAUUCUGACCUGGUAGUAGCAACUUACAGAGCAGACACUGUAGCUAAGGUUCAGGGUGUGGAGUUCAGCCAUAGACUAAAUGCAGUCGUUGAAGGGCUGGCUUCCUCUGUUGAUGUCACUACCGGCUACAAUUCAGAUCCACUGCAUUUUAACAAUGUUUUCCACUUUGUCCUGGCACCAUUUACCUUGGGCAUCGACACGCAUACGAGUGGUGAUGGGAAACUGUCCCUCUGGGGAGAACAUACUGGGCAGCUGUAUAGUAAGUUUCUGUUGAAAGCGGAACCUCUGGCACUUGCUUUCUCUCAUGACUACAAAGGAUCCACAAGCCACAAUCUCCUGUACAAGAACAGCAUCAGCACAGCUCUUGAACACACAGUCGGUGUCUUGCUGACACCAGCUGAACAGACAAGCACCUGGAAAUUCAAGACCAGACUGAAUGACAAGGUAUACAGCCAGGACUUUGAAGCCUACAACACUAAAGACAAAAUAGGUGUUGAGCUUAGUGGACGGGCAGAUCUCUCUGGGCUGGACUCUUCAAUUAAACUUCCGUUUUUCUACAGUGAGCCUGUCAAUGUCCCUAAUGGCUUAGAGAUAAAUGAUGCUGUUGACAGGCCCCAAGAAUUCGAAAUUGUUGCUAUGGUGAAGUACGAUAAGAACCAGGAUGUUCACACCAUCAGCCUCCCAUUCUUCAAAAGCCUGCCAGAUUAUUUGGAGAGAAAUCGAAGAGGAAUUAUAAGUCUACUGGAAGCCAUGCAGAGGGAAUUACAACGCCUCAGUGUUGAUCAGUUUGUGAGGAAAUACAGAGCGGCCCUGAGCAGACUUCCUCAGCAGAUUCAUGAUUAUCUGAAUGCAUCUGACUGGGAGAGACAAGUAGCUGGUGCCAAGGAAAAAUUAACUUCUUUCAUGGAAAAUUAUAGAAUUACAGAUAAUGAUGUACUAAUUGCCUUAGACAGUGCCAAAAUCAACUUCAAUGAAAAACUCUCUCAACUUGAGACAUACGUGAUACAAUUUGAUCAGUAUAUUAAAGAUAAUUAUGAUCCACAUGACUUAAAAAGAACUAUUGCUCAGAUUAUUGAUCUAAUCAUUGAAAAGUUAAAAAUUCUUGAUGAACAGUAUCAUAUCCGUGUAAAUCUAGCAAAAUCAAUCCAUAAUCUAUAUUUAUUCGUUGAAAAUGUUGAUCUUAAUCAAAUCAGUAGUAGUAGCGCCUCUUGGAUCCAAAAUGUGGAUACCAAAUAUCAAAUCAGAACUCAAAUACAAGAAAAACUACAGCAGCUCAGGACACAAAUUCAGAAUAUAGACAUUCAACAGCUUGCUGCAGAGGUAAAACAACAGAUUGAAGCUAUUGAUGUCACAAUACAUUUAGAUCAAUUGAGAACUGCAAUUCUAUUCCAAAGAAUAAGUGACAUUAUUGAGCGUGUCAAAUAUUUUGUUAUGAAUCUUAUUGAAGAUUUUAAAGUAAUUGAGAAAAUCAAUACUUUUAGAGUUAUAGUCCGUGAGCUAAUUGAGAAAUAUGAAGUAGACCAACAAAUCCAGGUUUUAAUGGAUAAAUCAGUGGAGUUGGCUCACAGAUACAGCCUGAGUGAGCCUUUUCAGAAACUAAGUAAUGUGCUACAGCAAAUUGAGAUAAAAGAUUACUAUGAAAAAUUGGUUGGGUUUAUUGAUGAUACUGUCGAGUGGCUUAAAGCAUUGUCUUUCAAAAAUGUCAUUGAAGAACUAAAUAGAUUUAUUGACACGUUGGUGAAGAAGUUGAAAGCAUUUGAUUAUCACCAGUUUGUAGACAAAACCAACAGCAAAAUCCGUGAGAUGACUCAGAGAAUCAAUGCUGAAAUCCAAGCUCUCGAACUUCCACAGAAAACUGCAGCAUUAAAACUGUUGAUAGAAGACUUCAAAACCACAGUCUCCAACCAUCUAGAAAGACUCAAGGACACGAAAGUAACUGUGGUCGUUGAUUGGCUGCAGGAUGCCUUGACUCAAAUAAAAGCCCAUUUCCAAGAUACUCUAGAAGAUGUACGAGACCGAAUUUAUCAAAUGGACAUUCAGUGGGAACUGGAGCACUGCUUGUCUCUGAUAAGCCAAGUUUACAGUACACUGGUCACCUAUAUUUCUGAUUGGUGGACUCUGACUGCUAAAAACAUAGCAGACUUCGCAGAGCAAUAUUCUAUCCAAAACUGGGCUGAGAGUGUGAACGUACUUGUGGAACAAGGAUUCACAGUUCCUGAAAUCCAAACAUUUCUGGGGACCAUGCCUGCAUUUGAGGUCAGUCUCCGUGCUCUCCAAGAAGCUAACUUUCAGACACCUGACUUUAUAGUCCCCUUGACAGAUUUGAGGAUUCCAUCAAUUCAGAUAAACUUCAAAAUGUUAAAAAAUAUAAAAAUCCCAUUGAGAUUUUCCACUCCAGAAUUCACUCUUCUCAACACCUUCCAUGUCCAUUCCUUUACAAUUGACUUGCUGGAAAUAAAAGCAAAGAUAAUUAGAACUAUCGACCAAAUGCUGAGCAGUGAGCUACAGUGGCCUCUUCCAGAAGUGUACUUGAGAGACCUGGAGAUGGUGAACAUUCGUCUUGCAAGACUCACUCUGCCAGACUUCCAUGUACCAGAAAUCACAAUUCCAGAAUUCACAAUCCCAAAUGUCAAUCUCAAAGAUUUACAGGUUCCUGAUCUUCACAUUCCAGAAUUCCAGCUUCCUCGCCUCUCACACACCAUGGAAAUACCUGCUUUUGGCAAACUGCAUAGCAUCCUGAAGAUCCAAUCUCCUCUCUUUAGAUUAGAUGCUAAUGCCAACAUACAGAAUGUAACUACUUCAGAGAACAAAGCAGAGAUUGUGGCUUCUGUCACUGCUAGAGGAGAGUCCAAAUUGGAAGCUCUCAAUUUUGAUUUUCAAGCACAAGCUCAAUUCCUAGAGUUAAAUACUAAUCCUCUGGUCAUGAAGGAAUCCAUGAACUUCUCCAGUAAGCAUGUGAGAAUGGAACAUGAGGGUGAGAUAUUAUUUUCUGGAAAGGCCAUUGAGGGAAAAGCAGAUACUGUCGCAAGUUUACACACAGAGAAAAAUACAGUAGAGUUUAAUAAUGGUAUAAUUGUCAACAUAAACAAUCAGCUCACCCUUGAGAGUCACACAAAGUACUUCCACAAGUUGAGUGUCCCCAGCCUGGACUUCUCCAGUAAGGCUUCUCUUAAUAAUGAAAUCAAGACACUAUUAGAAGCUGGACAUGUGGCAUGGACCUCUUCGGGGACAGGGUCAUGGAACUGGGCCUGUCCCAACUUCUCGGAUGAAGGCAUACAUUCGUCCCAAAUUAGCUUUACUGUGAACGGCCCCGUUACUUCUUUUGCUUUUUCAAAUAACAUAAAUGGCAAACACCUAAGGGUCAUCCAAAAACUGACUUACGAAUCUGGCUUCAUCAACUAUUCUAAGUUUGAAGUUGACUCAAAAGUUGAAUCUCAGCACAUGGGCUCCAGCAUUCUAACUGCCAAAGGUCAGGCACUGCUCAGGGAUGCAAAGGCAGAAAUGACUAUUGAGCACAAGGCCAGCCUAAAUGGAAAAGUUAUUGGAACUUUGAAAAAUUCUCUUUUCUUUACAGCACAACCAUUUGAGAUUACUGCAUCCACAAAUAAUGAAGGAAAUUUGAAAGUUAGUUUUCCUCUAAAGUUGACUGGGAAAAUAGACUUCCUGAAUAACCAUGCAUUGUUUCUGAGUCCCCAUGCCCAACAAGCAAGCUGGCAAGCAAGUGCUAGAUUCAAUCAGUACAAAUACAGUCAAAAUUUUUCUGCUAUUAACAAUGAACACAACAUAGAAGCCAGUAUAGGAAUGAAUGGAGAUGCAAAUCUGGAUUUCUUAAACAUUCCUUUAACAAUUCCUGAAAUUAAUCUACCUUACACCAGGUUCACAACUCCCUUGCUAAAGGAUUUCUCCAUAUGGGAAGAAACAGGCUUGAAAGACUUUUUGAAGACAACAAAACAAUCAUUUGAUAUGAGUGUAAAGGCUCAAUAUAAAAAGAACAGAGACAAGCAUUCCAUUGUUAUCCCUCUGAGUGUGUUUUAUGAGUUUGUUCUCAACAAUGUCAAUUCUUGGGACAGAAAAUUUGAGAAAGUCAGAGACAAUGCAUUACAUUUUCUUACCACAUCCUAUAAUGAAGCAAAAAUUAAGUUUGAUGAGUACAAAACUGAAAAUUCCCUCAAUCAACCCUCUGAGACCUUUCGAAAUCGUGGAUACACUAUCCCAGUUGUCAACAUUGAAGUAUCUCCAUUUGCUGUAGAGACACUGGCAUCUAGCCAUGUGAUCCCCAAAGCAAUCAGCACCCCAAGUGUCAUAAUUCCAGGUCCUAACAUCAUCGUGCCUUCAUACAGAUUAGUGCUGCCAUCUUUAGAGUUGCCAGUUUUUCAUGUUCCUAGGAAUCUACUCAAGUUUUCUCUCCCAGAUUUCAAGGAAUUGAGCACUAUUGACAAUAUUUAUAUUCCAGCCAUGGGCAAUUUUACCUAUGACUUUUCUUUUAAAUCAACUGUCAUCACACUGAAUACCAAUGCUGGACUUUAUAACCAAUCAGAUAUUGUUGCCCAUUUCCUUUCUUCCUCUUCAUUUGUCACGGAUGCCCUCCAGUACAAAUUAGAGGGUACAUCACGUCUAACACGGAAAAAAGGGUUGAAGCUCGCCACAGCUGUCUCUCUAACUAACAAAUUUGUAAAGGGCAGUCAUGACAGCACCAUUAGCUUAGCCAAGAAAAACAUGGAAGCAUCAGUGAAAACAACAGCUAACCUCCAUGGUCCCAUUUUCACAAUGAACUUCAAGCAGGAACUUAACGGAAAUACCAAGUCAAAGCCCACUGUCUCAUCAUCCAUGGAACUAAACUAUGACUUCAACUCCACAAAGCUGCACUCUACUGCAAAAGGAGGUGUUGACCACAAGUUCAGCUUAGAAAGUCUCACUUCCUACUUUUCCAUUGAGUCAUUCACCAAAGGAAAUAUCAAGGGUUCUUUCCUUUCACAGGACUAUUCAGGAAGUGUUGCCAGUGAGGCAAAUGUAUACCUGAAUUCCAAAGGUACUCGGUCUUCAGUAAGGCUACAAGGAGAUUCCAAAGUUGAUGGUAUCUGGCACUUUGAAGUAGGAGAAAAUUUUGCUGUAGAAGCCACCCUCCUCCGACGCAUCUAUGCCACAUGGGAACACAAUAUGAAAAACCAUUUGCAGAUGUACAGCUACUUCUUCACAAAAGGAAAGCAAACAUGCAGAGCCACCCUGGACCUCUCCCCAUGGACCAUGUCAACCCUUCUACAGGUUCAUGGGAGUCAACCCAGUUCCCUCCUUGACCUCCAUCACUUUGACCAGGAAGUGAUCCUGAAAGCUAACACUAAGAACCAGAAGGUCAACUGGAAAAGUGGGGUCCGGAUUGAAUCACAGAUUCUUCAGCACAAUGCACAGUUCUCCAAUGACCAAGAAGAGGUACGCCUUGACAUUUCAGGAUCCUUAGAAGGACAGCUCUGGGACCUUGAAAAUAUCCUUGUACCAGUGUAUGGAAAGAGCUUGCAGGAACUCCUACAGAUGGACGGAAAACGACAGUAUCUUCAAGCUUCAACUUCCCUUCUAUAUACCAAAAACCCCAAUGGCUAUCUCCUCUCACUCCCUGUACAAGAACUGGCUGAUAGAUUCAUUAUACCAGGACUAAAACUGAAUGACUUCAGUGGAAUAAAAAUCUAUAAGAAAUUAAGUACUUCACCAUUUGCCCUCAACCUAACAAUGCUACCCAAAGUAAAAUUCCCCAGGGUUGACCUGUUAACACGAUACUCUAAACCAGAGGGCUCUUCUGUCCCUAUUUUUGAGGCAAUUAUACCUGAAAUACAGUUAACUGUGUCCCAGUUUACACUUCCAAAGAGCUUUCCAGUUGGCAGCACUGACUUUGAUCUGAAUAAGUUAGCCAACACGAUUGCAGAUGUUGAUCUUCCUAGUGUCACCCUGCCAGAGCAGACCAUUGAGAUCCCAUCCUUUGAGUUCUCCAUACCUGCUGGAAUUUUCAUUCCUUUCUUUGGAGAACUGACUGCACGUGUUGGGAUGGCUUCUCCCCUGUAUAAUGUCACUUGGAGCGCUGGUUUGAAAAACAAAACAGAUCAUGUUGAAACGUUCCUGGAUUCCACGUGCACUUCAACCUUGCCGUUUCUGGAGUAUGCUCUAAAAGUUGUGGAAACACACAAAAUUGAAGAUGAUAUGUUCAUCUAUAAGAUCAAAGGAACACUUCAACACUGUGACUUCAAUGUGGAGUAUAACGAAGAUGGUCUAUUUAAAGGACUUUGGGACUGGCAGGGAGAGGCUCACCUGGACAUCACCAGCCCAGCACUGACUGACUUCCAUCUGCACUACAAAGAAGACAAGACAAGUCUGUCUGCCUCAGCAGCCUCUUCGGUCAUAGGCACCGUGGGUCUGGAUUCGAGCACAGAUGAUCAGAGUGUGAAGCUGAAUGUCUACUUCCACCCUCAGUCCUCUCCAGAUAAGAAACUCAGCAUAUUCAAAACUGAGUGGCGGAACAAGGAGUCUGAUGGUAAAAUGUACAUCAAAAUUAAUUGGGAAGAAGAGGCAGCUUCCAGAUUGCUUGGCUCCCUAAAAAGCAAUGUACCUAAGGCUUCUGAGGCUAUUUAUGACUAUGUCAAUAAAUACCACCUGGGAUAUGCUUCUUCAGAGCUAAGAAAAAGUCUACAAGACAAUGCUGAACAUGCCAUAAGGAUGGUUGAUGAAAUGAACGUGAAUUUCCAGAGAGUAGCCCGUGAUACAUAUCAGAAUCUGUAUGAGGAGAUGUUGGCUCAGGAGAGCCAGAGCAUCCCUGAGAAACUCAAAAAGAGGGUGUUAGGCAGUCUAGUAAGUGUUACUCAGAAGUACCACAUGGUAGUAACACGGCUGAUGGACUCAUUCAUUCAUUUCCUGAAGUUCAAUAGAGUCCGGUUGCCAGGUAUUGCUGGAACGUAUACUGUCGAUGAACUCUACACUAUAGUCAUGAGGGAAAUCAAGAAGUCACUGUCUCAGCUGUUUAGUGGGUUAGGAAACCUGUUUUCCUAUGUUCAAGACCAAGUAGAGAAAUCGAGAUUAAUCAAUAACAUAACAUUUAACUGUCCUUUUUUCCUAAAACCUUGUAAACUAAAAGACGUCAUAUCGCUUUUCAAAGAGGACUUAAAUAUUUUAUCAAACAUAGUCCAACUGGAUACCAAAUUUACAACAAUGCUAAGUGAUCUUCAGAGGUUUUUGGAGAGACUUUUAGACAUCAUAGAAGAGCAAAUUAAAUGCCUAAAGGACAAUGAAUCUACUUGUGUCGCUGAUUAUAUCAACGUAUUCUUCAAAAUACAGGUUCCAUAUGCUUUUAAAUCCCUAAGAGAAGACAUAUACUCUGUCUUCAGUGAAUUUAAUGACUUUUUUCAAUCCAUACUUCAGGAAGGGUCCUACAAACUACAGCAGGUCCAUCAGUAUAUGAAGGCCCUUCGUGAAGAGUAUUUUGAUCCAAGCAUGGUUGGCUGGACAGUAAAAUACUAUGAAAUAGAAGAAAAGAUGGUGGACCUGAUCAAGACCCUUUUAGUCUCCCUUAGGGAUUUCUACUCUGAAUACAGUAUGACAGCUGCUAAUUUUGCUUCCAAAAUAUCAACUCAAGUUGAACAAUUUGUGUCCAGGGAUAUCAGAGAAUAUCUCAGCAUGCUUGCUGACAUAAAUGGAAAGGGGAGUGAAAAGAUUACAGAGCUUUCUAUUGUGGCAAAGGAAGCAAUGGAAAGCUGGGCCACUGCAGUGGCAGAAAUAAUGGCUAAUUACCCCCAGCAGUUCCAUUCCAAACUGCAGGAUUUUUCAGACCAACUCUCUGGCUACUAUGAAAAAUUUGUUGCUGAGUGUACAAGAUUGAUUGACCUGUCCAUUCAAAACUACCAUGUAUUUCUCAGAUACAUCACUGAGUUACUGAAAAAGCUGCAGUUGGCCACAGCCAAUAAUGUGAGCCCCUACGUAAGGUUUGCUCAAGGAGAACUGAUGAUCACCUUCUGAUUUGUCUACUGAUGCAUUCCAAUUAAACCUUCACAUAGUGGGAGACUUUGUGGACUACUAUAAAAACCAUCCCGAGCCAGCCCUGCAGCCAACAGCAAGAGCAAGAAGCACAUAGGAACUCCACCUGCAGCCAAGCUGGCACAAGGACCAAGAACUUUGAAGCAGCUAGAACUCAAGAUGACAUAUUCUACAAGUUAGGAAAAAAAAUCAAGAUCUGAGUUGUUUUAUCAAACUCGAGAUGGAGAGUGGGAGGGAGGGGAAAACAAAUAAAUACUUCCUUAUUGUGUAGCAUACCCCUCAACUUGGUUCAUUUGUAUUGGAACAUACUAGAUUGCGAGCAAUCUGGCCUUCCUAACCCUGUUUCAGAAAAAAAAUAGGGAUAAUAUCUA